GUCACUCAACAUUUUGAAGCUUCCGCAAUUGUGUUUUGCCGGUAGAAUCAUAGAUCGAUCAUCAUUGUUUCAAGUACAAGUACCGGUGCUGCUCCAUCAUGUCAUUUUCAGUGCGAGGCCCCCAGAAGAUUCGACACUCCCGAAUCUCCCACACAAUCGCCACCACUUGCAUGCUCCUUUCGACGGCUCCGGUUGCCAGUAGUCUUAUCAAUAUUGCCAGCAGUCCAAUAAUGAUGAUGACAACAACACCUCGUGGCAAAGCGUUUGCCGAUGCACUGCCACCGUUGAAACCCUUUCAUCGUCGCGUCUUUUUACUGCGCCAUGGUCAAACCGAUUGGAACUCGGCGGGAAAGAUGCAGGGUGGUGGAUUUGACAUUCCACUCAACUCCCAUGGUCAACAACAAGCCGCGGCCGUCGCCAACGAACUGUCUGGAAUUUCCAUGGGUGCCGUGGCAUCGUCGCAUCUCCAACGAGCGCUCCAAACAGCCCAUCAUAUCGAUACAACUGCAACAACAACAACAAGUAGUGAGCAGCAGCGCCAUUAUGUGGAUGCGAGACUGGGAGAAAUGCGAUUUGGAGACUUUGAAGGGACUGUCAUUCAUGGACCGAAUGCCCAACCGGACCAUCAGGAACGAUUUCGGCAGAUGCAACUCGCCAUGAAACAGAAUGUUCACUUAAAGUGGCCAGGUGCCGACGCGGAAUGCACUUGGGAUGUCGCUCAACGAGGACAAGCGGCCGUGGACGCCUUGCUGGAUCGACAACACGAGCCGUGUUUGGCCGUGGUGGCACAUGGACGAUUCAACAAAAUCCUACUCGCCAAGCUCUUGUGGAACGAUCCCAGUCGCUAUGUGGAGAUUGAACAAGGCAAUACAUGCAUCAAUGUCAUUGACUACAAUGAACAAGAGGAGACGUGGAAGGCUGUACUGUUGAAUUAUUCCAAACAUGCACCUAACGCCAAUGCCAAAAAAGAACUGAGGCGACAACAAGAAGAACUACAGAAACUCCAAGAGCAACAGCAACAACCAAUGGAGCAGUUGAAUGUCACAAGCACUGCCCACUAGACAGCUAGCUGAAAACAGUUAGUUUCAUGGACCUUUUUGCAGCCCUAUUUAUGUUCUCGACAUUCAAACCUGUUCGUCACUGCAGUACAGCUUGAACAGCUCUAGCUAGCACAAUCCACUUCAACCAAUACAACCCAUGGAGCUAAACUCUUUCCAAGGUCCAAUGAGUGGGUGCACUCGGCAAUUGAGCUGCCUGGUGCCACAAUAGAAGGGUUCUACUACGAAGAAUAAGAACAAGAAUCAUUGUACGUGCAGCAAUGAAAUGCCACCAGUGAAGUGGGAGAGGUUACAAUUUGUAGCCUUUCUCUUCUAACAAACAUGCAGCAGAGAGAGAAUCUAUUCGGACAAGUCUCUCACGAGAUCCUACGAAGACUCUCUUGUAGCCAUGCUUUGACAGGAAGGUCAUGCCAAGCUCGGGGAGAAAGCCUUCGUGCUGGUCCUUGAAAGUUGAGCCCAGGGCAACAGGGAGUAGUUGCCCAGAGAUGUCGCAAAGGCACGGGCUUCAUCCAUGGACAGAACAACCCCAAGAGUCCGAUUUCAAAACUUGGUUGACACUUUAGCUAGCUAUUAGCGUAGCGAUACCGGUAGUCGAGCGGAGUCAACGCGAUAAUAGAUUAUGUAGUAGAUAAGAUAAUGUGUACGGUACUAGUAGCUAAAGC